ACUAUUAUUGCAAUGCAAACGAAGGGAAAUGGCUGCAUGAAUGUAGUUAUCGUGUUGCUCCGUUUUACUCUGUAGAAAGCAGCAAAAUGGCUGCCUGUGAUUAUCAGUUUUAAUGAUAAUGGAAAUAAAUCUAUUCGCGCAACAAAACACUCGUAACGAUGAUGGACAGCAUUGCAUUUCCAGAACAGGCGAAGUUUCUCAUGGGCUCGGAUGAUGGCGGCGAUUAUUGGUCCGAGCUUGACGAUGACUUCAGUUUUGCAAUCCACCGUGUUCCAUCCGAUCAAAUAGUUUACGAAAGACAAAGAAAGAAGGCAAAGAUGGUUGGAAAAUAUUUGAUGGGUGACGAACUGGGUGAAGGGUCUUACGGAAAGGUAAAAGAAGCCUUGGAUACAGAGAAUCUGUGCCGAAGAGCUGUAAAAAUAAUGAAGAAGAAAAAGCUGAGAAAAAUUCCACGAGGAGAGGAUAACGUCAGAAGGGAAAUCCAGCUGCUAAAAAGAUUAAAACACAAAAAUGUAAUAAACCUGGUCGAUGUCCUUUACAGUGAGCCAAAAGAAAAAAUGUAUAUGGUAAUGGAGUACUGUGUUUGUGGUAUGUUUGAGAUGCUAGAACGACUCAAAGAGAGCAAAUUCCCAGAGUGGCAAGCACAUGGGUACUUCGGGCAAUUAAUUGAUGGCUUGGAAUAUCUACACAGCAAAGGCGUUGUGCAUAAAGACAUCAAACCUUCAAAUUUACUUAUAGCUACUGAUGAUGUUUUGAAAAUAUCAGAUUUUGGAGUUGCUGAGCAACUUGAUGUUUUUGCUGCUGAUGAUACAUGUCAUACAAGCCAAGGAUCCCCAGCAUUUCAACCUCCAGAGAUUGCAAAUGGUGCUGAUAAGUUUUCUGGUUUUAAAAUAGACAUUUGGGCAUCUGGUGUUACUUUGUUCAACAUUAUAACUGGCAAGUAUCCUUUUGAAGGAGAAAACAUUUAUAGGCUUUUUGAAAAUAUUGGUAAAGGCGAACUGGUUAUACCAAGUGAAGUAGAUGAAACACUAGGUGGUCUUCUUAAAGGAAUGUUGGACAAAGAUUAUGAAACUCGCUUUAAUAUUCAAGACAUCAGACGUCAUUUAUGGUUUCGUAAGAAGCCCACUCGGACCAAAGAUAAAGUACCUUUUCCACCAUUAGCUGGAUAUGAAGAAGACCCAAACCGAAAUACAACAGUUGUACCUUAUUUAGAAAUCUUAUUGGAAGAGACAGAUGAUGAAACGGUUUCUUCAGAUGAUGUUUUGCAUCAAGGAGAGAAUGGUGAGUCAGUCAUCAUCCAUGAGCCAAGCAAUAACACAACACAUUCAAAAUCCAAUAAGAAAACUGUCAAAGUUCGCAAGUUUACGCCAAACAAUUGUAAAUCUAUGUAAAGUUUUACCUCUGUUUAUAUUCAAAUUAGAAUUGUACAAAUUUAACGCUUUUAGACAUUUAUAAGUUCCAAAUGACAAAAACUAAAUUAUG